AUGUCAUCGAACCAAUCCUCAGACUCUCAACCCUCCAUGAUUGGUGGUCACGCCAAGUACGUCCAGGGCGUCGUCUCUUCUACCCUCGGGUAUGAAUCCGGCGAACAAACCAAAGCCGAGGCCGUCCAGGAGAUGAAGGACGCGAAAGCACAUUCCGAAGGACAGCCGGCGCAGUCGUCGAUCCUGGGGACCGUGGAGAAUGCCGCGGGCAAGCUCACUGGGUGUGAAGGGAUGGAGCAAGAAGGUCAGCAGAGGAUCCCGAACAAGAAGGGCAUUGAAGAGCAGAGUGGUACUGGUUGA